CUGGAUAUGCUGACGGUAGUGCCGCCUGCAGACGUCGACCCCCUCGGAUUACAAUUCGUCGAGCGAACGAUUCGUCGGCGCUGUCGCGAGGAAGGCGCCUCCUACUCGACCUGCCACUGGGCCCUGUUUUGGGCUUAUGUUGGCAGAACGUGGCUGACCCUGUUCCCGGUGGAUAUAUGGAAUGUGCAUGGUAUGGAUUUGCAAGUUGUC